CCUCACUGAUUGGCUGACCUCUGAGAUCACCACCAUGCCUCACCUGUUCCUUGCCAGUAAGAUCACCAUGCCGGAGGAGCUCUAUGCCAAAGGGGCCGACAGGAUCCCGAGGAACACCAUGAGGAUCCCAGCGUCCAUCUCUGCUGAGAGGCUGAGGAAAGACGGCCCCGUCGUCGUGACGACACGAAUCCCGCAUGUGAACGAGGUCCAGCUGACGGCGGCCACUGGAGGCGCAGAGAUGUCCUGCUACCGCUGCAUCGUGCCGUUUGCUGUGUUCGUCCUCAUUGCUGGCGUCGUUGUGACGGUUGUGGCCUAUACCUUCAACUCCCAUGGGUCCACCAUCUCCCUGCUGGGACUGGGGAUGCUUUCCACAGGGAUGGGCCUACUUGGAUGCAGUGCCAUCUGCUGGAGGCUUCGACUCAGGAAGAAGAAGGACAAACGAAGGGAGAGUCAGGAUGCCCUCAUGGCCAGCCAGAGAUACUGCAUGGCCUGAUCAUGGUCAAGUGUGGACAUCAAACUCAAAACUCCUUCAUUCAUCGAGCAGAUAUCUAGACUGAAUGUACCACAGCGACACCGAACUGGAUCAUCAGUGUACAGAAAGCUCCUAGCCAGUUUUCUUCAGUCUCAGUGGCUCUAAAGGAGAAGACAGUGCCUCAGUGGACACAAGACAUUCUCUGAUGAGACCAGAAUGUCUGAUGGUCUGAACUGAACUAUCCCAUUAAACUGGUUUAUUCUGACCAAAUAUCUCACAAUCUAAUGCUACGUUUACACCAAACACACUUUCACCAUCAAUUAGGCUUCUGCUGCUUCAUCUCUGAUCCACAUUAAAGUGGCUAUAGAAUGAUUCUAUAGGGUAUCUGGUCCUUCAGGUCUCUAAUAGGCUGAUAGAAUGAUUCUAUUGGGUAUCUGGUCCUUCAGGUCUC